UGAAAAAUGAAAACGCAUUCUCUCUCAAAAUCAAAGUCUGUAGAUUUUCUCAAAUUUUAAACAAAAAUUAAAGUUGGAAAUAUGAAUUUGUCGUUGUCAAUGGUGAACGGGGAGAGAGGCGUUGUAGCUUUGUUCGUUAGUUGCGUCCUCUUCUCUCUACCUUCCUCUCUCCUUUGCCAUGGCCUCAAUCUCGCCGUGCUCUCUUUCUUCGCUCUCUUCCUCGACAUCUCCGCCGAGAAUUCUGCUUCCCUGUCACACUUCAAAACCAGGCCAGGUGCUUCGUCGGGGAUACUGCUAGGGGCAGUGGCACUGCCAACUGUAAUGAUUUCUAAGUUGAUUCAGCUAACGAGAGCCUACUCACUGCAUCAAAUUGAGCUUCAAGAGCUUGAACAUAUGACGAUGCAGUAUUGGGCUACAUCUGCAAGUUGCUUCGGUGUGCUUAUUUACCUCUGCAUAGUUAUGCAGCGUGCACCCAAGCCUAUGCAUCCGCCUCAAUCAAAUAGUGUUUGGGUUGCAACAUGGAGCUUAAUUUGUAUAGUCCUAUAUGCAGUGACUUGUUGUGUCUCGCUUGCUACUAUAUCCCAGACUGGCUCUAACACUGCACUGAAGUUAUUGUGGGAGCUAUUUCAUGGACUGGUAGCGGUGAAGUUACUUCAGCAGCUUCUUAAUUGUUUCCCAUCUUGUGCUUCCAUUGGGGAAGUUCUUUUGGUGACUGCUGGUCUUGUUCUUUAUUUUGGUGACAUGUUGGCAUAUACCAUUGCAAAGGUUUCUGGACGCUUGAUUUCAGCAGAUUUCAUUACUGUGCGCUAUGGAAUCAAGAGAAGUGAGAUUAGUAUAAUUAUACAGGGUUUGACCGUUGGCCUUCUUCUUUUUCCAAUAUUCUUUAGAUUUGUACUCCGCAAGUGUGAACGUUCAUUUGGUGAUGGCUAUUCUGAAGAAAGGAGAAACAAUGAGAUUCAGAGAUCUCUAUUAUUCUUUGCUUCUCUUGGAUUUAUCUUGAUUGUCAUUGUUCCAUCUUGGAUGCAGUUUGUUCAUGGUUUUCAAGUGCACCCAAUAAUAUGGGUAUUUGCAUUUGUUUUCUCGGAACCAUUUAAAAGACUAUCAUUAUGUAUCUAUUGGGUGUCUUUGAUAUGUGCAUCUGUUCUGCGUUUCUACAACAUCUCAAAGAAUAGUAAGAUUGAGAGGAUUCUUCUUCGGAAGUAUUACCAUCUGAUGGCUGUAUUAAUGUUUGUGCCUGCUCUUAUUUUUCAGCCAAAAUUUCUUGAUCUAGGGUUUGGUGCAGCUUUGGCUGUCUUCUUGGCACUAGAAAUUAUGCGUGUGUGGAGAAUUUGGCCUUUGGGACAACUCAUACAUCAAUUUAUGAAUGCUUUCACAGACCAUCGUGAUUCUGAUCUUCUUAUUGUCAGCCACUUUUCGCUGUUAUUGGGCUGUGCAUUUCCAAUUUGGAUGUCAUCUGGGUUUAACGAUCGACCUCUUGCCCCUUUUGCUGGAAUUUUGAGCCUUGGAAUUGGAGAUACAAUGGCAUCAAUGGUUGGCUACAAGUAUGGUGUCCUCAGGUGGAGCAAAACUGGCAAGAAAACUGUUGAAGGUACAGCAGCUGGCAUAACAUCAGUCCUGGCCGCUUGCUCAGUUUUGCUCCCCCUCUUAGCAUCUACGGGGUAUAUUCUUUCAGAGCAUUGGUUCUCUCUGAUUCUAGCAGUAACCUUGAGUGGUUUAUUGGAAGCCUACACAACUCAACUUGAUAAUGCUUUCAUACCACUUAUCUUCUACAGCCUUCUCUGUUUGUAAUGCAGCUCCAACCUCCCAAAGUCAGAUCUAUGAAAUAGCAAUAUAAUAAUCCUUCUAAAAGUUCUUUGAUCUACAAUGAAGUGCCUUCCUGAGCACUUUUCUUUUGUUGUUUGUUGAUAUUAUUAAUGCUUUAUUAGAAUGCAAACAGAGUUAGAUGAGUUUCUGGUCUGGAUUUAGGAUUAACUUGUUUCAUACUGCAGUAGUAGGUGUUACAGCUAGAUAAAAGUAUCGUCUCCACAUGAGCAUUUACAGGUCAUAAUUUUUUUCUUUUUUGUUCCCUACUUUUUGGGGUUACUGAGUGAGAGAGAUUAAUAGGCGUAGUCGAAAUUCUUUGAUACACAUUCUUGUGUUACUGAAAUGAGUUCAUAUUAAGAACAAAUUUUUAUCACUAGCUUAGUGUAAUUAUUUGACUGAGAUAUUGUUUACA